AUGGGCUCCCUCGACGACUCGCUCCUUGACAUUCCCUCGGGAUCGAAUCUCUUGUCUGAGUCCCCUCUGGGGCCUUCACAUUCGCGCACCGGGCCCUACGGCGACGACUUGUCUUUGUCCGAGCUCGACCAGACUGUCACGUACGAAGGGCCUCCGAGCGGAGAUGCAGGACCGUCAACGCCAACGCGACGAGACGGCGAUGGCGACGAUGAGGGGGAUGAUCCAGACGAUCCCGAAGCCGCGGAAAAGCGACGAAGACUGGCAAGCAAGCGACGCGAAGACAAGCUACAGAACGAUCUCUUCAUACUCCGCAAAUUGAAUUCGACAUUUGCCGCACUCAGUGAAUCACUCCAGGAGGCGCACGAAGCGAGAGAGCGCGUUGCACUCCAACUGGAACAGACCGACGCGUUAUUGAAUCGAUACACAAAGAUCCUAUCUCUCUCCGAGGACUACUCGCGUCUUAUACUUGAUGAGGACUGGCAGGGAGGGGAACAGGACGAGGAAGAGUGGGAAAGGGAACGGCGCGAAGAAGAGGCCAGACUGCGACGCGAAGCAGAAGCGCGUGCCGAGGCCGAACGCCGGGAGCGCGAAAAGCGCGAACGCGAAGAGGCAGAGCGAGCGAAGCAAGAGGAGCGCGAGCGCCUGAUACGAGAGCGCAAGGAGCGGCAGGCCGCAAGAGGCACUGUCACCGGCGUCCGUGGGACACGCGCGUCUAUGAGAGGUUACGCGCGCGGGAGCGCGAGGGGCGCAGCCACUAACGCGGGUGCGCGACCCGGUAGCGCGAGCGGUACGCACCGAGGGACUACUACUGCUCGACGUGGGUCUACCUCGAGAGGUAUACCACGACCUGGUUGAGCACGGGUACUACGGGGAGAAGGGGAAGGUGCGAAGGCCAUAUACCAUACGCAUAUCUAUGCUCAUGUACGUGUAUACCAGAUGUAUUGUACUCUGUAUUGGAUGUAUCUCAACGCUAUUCGCAUGCUGCCGUCGCUGAGGACAAAGGGAGCACCUAUCGUAGAC